AGUCUUACAAUCAACCUAUUCUCAUGUAGUGUUAAACACUGGAACGAAUGUUGAAUCCGAAAAAGACCAGCAUAGAGUACCUAAUAGCAUCGUUCUCACAUAGUCAAAUGUGCAGAAUAACACAAAAAACACUUCUGAACAAAAAUACGAUUAAAUGCCAUUGAAAAUUGUGCAAAAAGUGUAACAUGUAACUUACCUGCUGAGUUAUCAUUAUUUAAAUUUAGAACACAAUCGGCAAGACUCAAUGGAACCCGUCGAAGAUUGGAAUAAUGAGGAGUGUCGAUGUAAAAGUAUGAAACCUCUAGAACGAAGGCGGAGGCAAGAACAUCAGCGCUGUCUGGCGCAUUCGCUUGUGGGUACUCCAAACUACAUUGCCCCUGAAGUACUACAGAGAACAGGGUAUACUCAGUUGUGUGAUUGGUGGAGUGUUGGUGUUAUACUGUACGAGAUGUUGGUGGGAAGUCCUCCUUUUCUUGCGAAUACACCAGCGGAGACACAAUACAAGGUUAUCAACUGGGAAACGACGUUACACAUACCAAAGCAGGCGAAUCUUUCUAAAGAAAGUACAGACUUGAUAUUAAAAUUGUGUACAAGUGCGGAUAAACGGUUAGGUAAAAAUGCUAGUGAAGUGAAAGCUCAUCCAUUUUUUUACGGUAUAGACUUUGAAAAGGGUUUACGGCGUCAAUCGGCGCCCCAUAUUCCUAAAAUAGAAUAUCCAACGGACACUUCAAACUUUGAUCCGGUCGAUCCGGAUAAAUUAAGAAAUUCAAACUCGAUAGAUUCCAGCACGUCGGACGAAUUCUUGGACAAUUCUAAACCGUUUCACGGGUUCUUUGAAUUCACAUUUAGAAGAUUUUUUGACGACGGUGGCGGCCCCGCAUUUAAUAAAAUUAAUCUAGACGACAAUAAUGAAAAUCAAGGUCCUGUUUAUGUUUGAGUUGUAUCAAUUUUUAUGGGGUGAAACCCUUGUGAUCAGUAAUGUUUAUGCUCUUGCCAAUGACAUACGAGUUUGCAUGCCCAGAACGCUUGUAAGGCGUAAAUUCGCAAAGAGAUGCUUUUGUUUGCUUCUGUUGUAUAUUACGAUUAAGCAGAAUGAUUAUAAAAGUUAUUUCUAAAAUCAUCAGCAUCACUCAGUUACUCGUGAAGUACAUUUUUGUUUAUUUAAAAAGAAUUUUUGGAUAUUAUCUAUUUACAGCUGUAAAUCAAUCACUGCCUAAGAUUAGUUUUUAUUUGCGAAGCAUCUGUGAUAUGCUUGAUAUUAACACAUUUUUUGCUAUUUUAAUAAUGGAUUCAUCACAUCUAUUGGCAAUAUUAGCCAGUAUCAUCCCCUCAUUUUCACAUCUCUUCUCAUCUGUAAUCAUUUCUUUAUUAAUGAAGAUUAGUGUUAUAAUUUUUUUACAGUUGGUAUUAUCUUAUAUUCUCUACUUUGAUCAGAUGGUUUAGAAUGUUAUGCAUUACCAAAUACAAUGUGCCUUAUAAUUAGAAAAAUGUUAUAGAUUGAUGAUUUUAGAAAUACGUAAUCCACUAAAUAGUUUAGCGGUGUGAUCAUUUUCAUUAUCGUAUUAGUAAAAAAUAAAACCAAAGUAAAGAAAUGUCUAAAUUGUGUUAUUCUUCAACAGUUGGUGUUAGUAUUGGUUUGUUUAUUUACUUCAUUAACGCAAUAUUUCAGAUACUAUCUGUUGACAUACAACUUGCACAAUGUAGGGCACCACCUGAGCCAAAACUAUCAUUUAAUUUUCUUCUUUAACUUUAUUCGAUGUUUACCUAUAUACAAUUUUGUUGACACUUUGUGUAUUUUUGCACAUGUUUGAGUUUUAUAAAUUGCAUGUUAACAAAUGUUGGCAUUUGAUCAUUGAUGAUUAUAUUGGAUCAAUCAAAAUUAGUUCAGGUAUAUACCCUACAGUAGUGCACUUUUUUAUACUCUGUCAAAUAAUGCAUUAAACCAUGAUUUCCAAGUUUACAGAAAGUUAUGAUAGUACAAUCAUGGCAAGAAAUAAAGAUUUUUACUUCAUCUUAAUCUAUAAUUUGAAAUAAUGGUGCUACUUGUUAAUACAUAAUAAAUGUGAUAUUUACCGAUUAUCCAUAAAGACAAUCUCUAAUGUUAACAUUAUUCAUUAAUCGUAAGGCCGAAACAUGUACUUUGUGGAUCAAUCUGUAAUUCAUCAAUAAAUUAUUGUAAAAUUUAUUUAAAAUUAAAUUUGUAUAAUAUGUAAAGUAAUAUAUAAAUUUUGCCAUAUACCGAAAUUUAUUGUAAACUAUUUUGUAAAUAAUAUAAAUAAGAUACCUAAAUGUGUUUAACAACGAAUUAUGAAAAAUUAUGAAAAAGGUAAAAAGCUAUGGUUAUAUGUAUUUAUUUAUGUUAGUCUUAUUUAUGUUAAAAUUGUUGUGUGAUUUUAAGACUGUUAUUAAAAAAAAACAAAAUGGAGUAAUCCAAUAAGUUAUGCCCAAACUUUUAGGCUACAUGAUCACAAAAAAUUGAAUACAUUAAAAUAGCUCUAGAUGAGGUAACAAAAGGUAUUUUCAACUUAACCAGCAGUGAACUGCUUUGUACUAUAAAACUCUGUCAAUACAUAACUUUUUCGUUAU